AUGGGACUGCGUUACUCCAUAUACAUUGAAAAUCCGUUAUCUUCCCCAUCAUCAUCGUACAAAUCAAUAAACGACCCUUUAUUCCACUCUCAGCACCGAUCGCAAAAAAACGUAAGCUUCAUCACCUACGGUUGUAGACAUUGCAAGACACAUCUUUCUAGUUCUUUCCAGAUUAUUUCUAGAGAUUAUAGGGGUAGGACUGGAACCGCUUAUUUAAUGAACAAAGUUGUUAACGUUGUUGAAGGAAAGGUCGAGCAACGAAGAAUGUUGACUGGUGACUACUUGGUUUGUGAUAUUCUUUGCCAUUGGUGCAAGAGGAAUGUUGGAUGGAAAUACUUGCAGAGCAGCAAUGAUGAUCAACAGUAUAAGGAAGGUAAGUUCAUCUUAGAGCUGAAGAACAUUUGUAAAUGUACUUAA